CAUUGGGUCGUCGCUCGCAGGUCCGUCGUGUUAGUACCGUCGGUUCUCAGGCGUCGCAUCUUGUCUGGCGUGUCUUGGUCGCCCUCGCCGCCUUCUGCCGCUUUCCCUCGUCCUUGUUGUCACGCCUCUGCCUGCCUGUGACAAUCACACCACUCGCUGACACCCGUGCCUGUCGCUGACUCCGAUUCUGCUUCUGAGGAGCAAGAUGGUCGCCAAGAAGGAGCUGUCGAACGGGGAGAUGAAGAAGGAGAUUGAGCACGAGAUCGAGGAGGCUCACCACUGGAUGGAGUCGGAGCGGUUCAAGUACACCAAAAGGACAUACACCGCUGAAGGUGCGGAGGGCGAGAGGGGAGAGGGGGGGGUGGGAGUGGCGUGUCGGUCGGUGAGGGAGGGGAGUGGCAUGUGUCUCGCUGCGUGCAGAUGUGGUGAGUCUGCGGGGCAUGCACCACCGUGAGUAUGCGGGUGUGCGUCCGGCGCGGAAGCUCUACCGCCUCAUUCGGGAGUGCUUCGACAAGCGCACCUUCACCAACACCUUCGGCGCGGUGAGUGACUCACUCACCGACACACACAGGGAGGGGGGAGGGAGGGAGGGAGCCAGGGUGGGGGUGCAUGGGUGUGUCUCACGUGCGAGAGGGAGGGUGCGCGUUGUGUGUGUGUGUGUGUGUGUGUGCAGCUGGAUCCCCUGCAGGUUGCUCAGAUGGCGCAGUACCUCAAGACCGUCUACGUCUCGGGCUGGCAGUGGUGAGCAUCCCACACACGCUCAUCCAUCCCUUCCUCCCUCACCUCACUCUCCUUGCGUCUCGUGUCGCGUUGUCUGUCUGUCUGUGUGUUCAGUUCGUCGACCGCAUCCACGACGAACGAGCCGGGUCCCGACUUCGCCGACUACCCGAGCAACACGGUGCCCACCAAGGUCGACCAGCUCUUCAAGGCACAGCUUUUCCACGACAGAAAGCAAAAGUGAGUGAAUGAGUGGGUGGGUCAAGCAAGAACCACACACGAACGAGAGAGAGGGGGAUGGCGUGGUGUCCUGAGAGGUGGUUGUGUUGUGUUGUGUUGUGUUGUCUUGGCAGGCAGGAGAGGAUGCGCCUGAGCCGUGAGGAGCGCGAGCUGCACCCCGAGAUCGACUACCUCGCACCUCUCAUCGCAGACGGCGACACCGGAUUCGGCGGCGUCACCUCUACCAUGAAACUGGUGUGUACCCACCCCACCCACACACCUCCCACCUCACACACGCACACACGAAAGACUCACGCCUUGCCUUGCCUUGCCUUGCCUUGCCGCUCUCUCCUCUCUCCCCUGUGUGUGCAGAUCAAGCAGAUGGUUGAGAACGGUGCGGCGGGCGUGCACAUCGAGGACCAGCGUCCCGGCGCCAAGAAGUGCGGCCACAUGGGUGGCAAGGUGCUGGUCAGCACGCAGGAGCACAUCGACCGGCUCACGGCUGCCCGCCUCAUGGCCGACGUCAUGGAGUGCGGCCUGGUCCUCAUCGCACGGACGGACGCCGAGUCGGCUCAGUUCCUCGACAACAACAUCGACGCCCGCGACCACCCCUACAUCCUCGGCUGCACCAACCCAAAGCUGGAGCCUCUGGUACGUGACGGGCUGAUGUGGUCGGGGCGGGGCGGGGCGGGGCGGUGUGUGGGUCAAUGGGGCAUUAAUGUGAGCGAUGUGUGUGAUCUGUGUUGUGUGCUGUUUCUGCGUGUGUUGUAUAGAAUGAGGUGAUGCACAAGGCUGACGAGAAGGGCAUCUCCCAGGCCGAGAAGCAGAAGCUCAAUCAGCACUGGUGAGUGAGCAGGGCAGCAGGACACGCGCGAAGACACACAGAUGGGUGCGUAUCUAACUGUCCAUGUGUGUGUGUGUGUGUGCGUGCCUUAGGCUGGAGUCAGCGAAUUUGAUGCGUUUCCCCGCCUGUGUGGUGAAGGCACUUAAGGAAGCCCACUUCGACAACGAGGGUGAGCCACACACCCACACCCACCCAGUCGUCCGCCCAUCCACAGACAUGAUCGCCUUGCGCUCUCCUUCUUGCGUGGGUGAUGUGCAUCAGAGGAUCGCGAUGCGGCGUUGACCACGUGGCGGCAGCAGGCCUACAGCCUGUCGCACCGUGAUGCCAAGAAGCUCGCCCUCUCACUCGGCCUCACCGAGGAGCAGAUCUACUUCGACUGGGACGGUACACACAUCAUGCACUCACCAUGCACUGCCAAAUACCUCCCUCCCUCCCUCCCUCCCUCCCUCGCUGCUGUGUGCAGCCCCCCGUUCUCGCGAGGGUUUCUAUCGCAUCAAGGGCGGCAAUGACAUGGCAGUGGCGCGCGGCUUGGCGUUUUCUCCCUACAGCGACAUGCUGUGGUUCGAGACCAAGACGCCCAACCUGACGCAGUGCAAGUACUUCGCCGACGGUAUUCACGGGACCUACCCCCACCAGCUGCUCUGCUACAACUGCUCACCCUCUUUCAACUGGUGAGUGAGCAUGGUCAGGAAUCAGGCACACACACACACACAGAUAGAUGGAUGGAUGGAUGGACACACAGAGGAUAGCGUGUACGUGUUGUGUUGGUGUGUCGGCUUGGCUUGCUGUUGGUCAGGUCUACUGCUGGCAUGAGUGACGAGGAGAUCCAGGACUUCCAGACGGAGAUCGGCAAACUCGGAUUCGCCUGGCAGGUGAGGCGCCAUCGCCACCACACCCACACCACACCACGUCACCCUAUAUGGCCAUCCACCGCAUGUGUGUAUGUCAUGUCUUUCAUGUAAUUGUUCAUUCAGUUCAUCACGUUGGCUGGUUUUCACUGCAACGGCAUGUACAUCUCACGCUUCGCCUGCGACUACGCCAAGCGGGGCAUGCUCGCCUACGUCGAGGACAUCCAGCGACCCGAGAAGAUGCAUGCACCUGAGUUGCUCACACACCAGAAAUGGAGCGGAGCGGUGAGUCUGCGAAUACCAACGAGGGAGGGAGGGAGGGAGCGGUCGUGUGCGCAUGAUUGUGUUGUCCUUUGGUGUGUCUCCUCCUUAUCAGGGUCUGAUGGAUGCGAGCAUGAUGAUCGCGUCCGGCGGACACUCCUCCGUCAAAUCGCAGCAGGUGGGCGCCGUCACCACCACCACAUACUUGCCUGCAAGUUGGUCAUCAUGCUGUCUGUCUUGUGUCUGUCGUGUUGCCAUGCCAUGCCAUGCCAACAGGAGGGCUCGACCGAGGUGCAGUUCAAGCCGGCCACUGACGAGCCGAUGGGGCACCUGGGCGGCUCCAAACACACCGACGCCGACGAGCAGGAGAGGCGCAAGAAGAGCUCCGUCGGCGGGUCGUCCUCCCCGGGCCUGCCAGCAUCCCCCGCCACUCACACCUGCGCCUGAACUCACACACACUUAACGCUAAUUCCUCCCCCACCCACCCCCCUGGCUGUGUUCACACUUCACACUCAGCAGCGUGCAUGGCGUGACCUUUUUUAUGUGUCGGUCGACCGGCUGUGAUUUCGUGUGGCUUGGCUUGGCUUGGCUUGGCUUGGCGUGAUGUGGUGUGUUGUGUUGUGUUGUGUUAUGUGAUGGGCUUGCGUGUGGUGCGCGCAAGAGGGAGCCAGCGAAUGGAUAUCUCUGUUGAUGAUGGUGUGGAUGGAUGGAUGGAUGGUAUUUCUUACUAUCCAAUGCGGUCAGUGUUGCGGCAACAAUACAAUGAGAGAGCGUGGGUGUGUGUCGCGCUUGAUCGCCAGACUGGACGAAAGAGAGGAGGGACAUGCCCGUGCCGUUUGGUGGGCGCGCGGCGUGCUUAGUGGGAGGAGAUGGAGGUGGAGGUGGACAUACACACCGAUCGAUAUGGUAUGGCUGCUGGAUUGACUGCGGCUGGCUUUUUCUGCUGGGUGUCGUGUGUGCUGUAUGAUAGCUAUGUACCAUGGAAUGCGUUAUGCGUUAUCACACACUGACGACUGACGAGUGGAUGGAUGGAUGGAUUGAAGCAAGGGGAGGGGACAACUGGCUGCGUGUCUGCAUCACAUCAGGGGAUUUACUGAUUGCUUUGCUAACUCACCCACCCCCCGCCUCACAAGUGCGUACAUACCUACGUACACACAUGGACGAGGCUGCCUGCGUGACUGACUGCCUAUCUUCCUUGCAUGCCAUGCCCGAUUGAUUUGUUGUAUCAUCUGCCUUCGCCGCUGACUGACUGAUGGC